CUGGAAGAGCCAAGCCCUGAACUUAGUGAUGGCCUCUUUAGAGAAGACUUUCGGUACUUUUCGUUUGUUGCCGUUCACUCCGGCUUGACUAUCACUCAGCACAGACUCCCUACCACCAUCUUCGUUCAACGAGCCACACAUUGA